UUCUUAUGUGCGCGUGCGACUUAAAAACAAAUUCAUGCGUGUGCAUUCUUCCGAAAUCAAAUCGUCACGGCUGACGUGUGUGUCGUUUAGAGUUGUUGAACGUGCUACUGCUCCAAUUAACUGCUAAUAUGCGCGCUGAUGGCCCACUUUCAUCCACUAGCGAGCAAAGAAAACUUGAUCGAGCGCUUCCAUCCACUUGUUUCCUGCAUAGUUGUCACAAGUGCCGCGAAGUUGUGUUAUUUUUUGUGCCGCUGAAGAUUAUGACAGGUGCUGAGAAGCCGCACCGCAAGAGCCGAAUGUUGCCGGCAACCUGUGUAGUGCGUUCCGUGUCUGUGUCCUGUGGACAACACAUUCACUUCGCGAUCUGUUCCCGAAAACCUUUGGCUUAUUCGUACCGAUGUGACACUGUGCACUUUUGAUCGCGAUCGAGCCCUAUUCGGAUCGAAUGUCGCGUCCGCAACUUUUAAGCCAGAUCGCGAUCGACGGAGAAAGUCGAUCACGACCGAAAGUACACCGUGUGAUGAUUUCGUGCUAAUUCUGAAGUGAUUGCUGUGGGAAUAUGCGUACAUGCCCAUUAUGUGUGAUAUUCGUUGGUUUGUUUGUCUUUCAGGCGCACACAAAUAUUCAUUCAAAGAUUGACUAACGCUAGCGAUUUCAUUCGCCAAACGUGCGGCUUAUUGCGAGUGUGGACGCAGUUUCUCAGUGAUCUCAAUUGCAAUAAAAGCGAAGUUGGCAAACAGAUCGUUAAAAAAGUUUGUACUAAUGCUUCUACCAUCUGCAGUGGUAAUUAAUCGUUUCGAAGCAGUUUAAGAAGCAUAAAUAUGCAUUUAUAAAAAUGUGAAAAAUCCUGAUAUUACGUUUUGUAAUGAGCACUUCUUGACCGCUGUUUGCGAAGUGACACAUCGGGCAUCAAAACGCGAACCUCCCCAGUCCCUUUUGCAUUUUGGUCUGUUUUAGGAUUUAUGCUGACAAGGAUGCCUUAAAAUAUUUGUUGCUUAGUGUGUUACAAGGCAAAAGAAUAGUUCUUGAGGGCAUUUGCAUCUCGUAUGGGUAUGCUAUCAGUGAUAUCAUUGGGUGUAUGGCAACAGUCCUGUUUGCCUUGAGAGGUUAAUGCACCCUGGAGUUGCAACGGCAAAGCUUUCAAAAACAGCAAAUUAUUGCCAAGUAUGCGUAUCAAACAACGGUGCAAAGGGAGCUCUCUGCCGUGCUUUCUGUGCCAUCAAGUUCUCCAUACAUCAUUCGGCACUUGGCAUCUCAAGACUGCAUCCAACCUUCCUGCUUUUGUCCGGGGACAUGUCUCAUGAACAAUCCUUUGAAUUGUACUUAUUUCUGAACGCUGUGGAAAUGAGAAGGACGUCCAAACGACUGAGACGAAGUCGUGCAGUGUGCUAUGAUAUUGUGCCUCGAUUCAUGUCUGCCUUUCUCGUUGUUGCAAUGACUAAUACAUGUCCUUCCUCCUUAUUUUCUUUAAAGGGACACUGAAGGAAGAUAUUAACUUUGGUUAGCUUGAUUCUUUAGUGCGUUGGAGUACAUCACAUCAGCACUUUUUGUGCAACAAUAAACAAAUCUCUUGCGUCAAAGACAGCCACUGAAAGGUCCUUGUGCGACUGCUCAAUUUAAAUCGCCCGCGCCAAAUAGAGGACUUGACCUCACCACCUCGGCGGCUGAUUUCUGUAAGUCAGCGGAUGUCCGAGAGCUCCACGGCCGUAAUAUGUAGCAACAAAUCCGGCUUACUGCAUGUUUAUUCAUUGUCAAAAUUUCUGUAAUUCACUUCUCAUUGUAAGCCAUUCGGUAAUCAAAAUAGAUGAUCCGACAUUAUUUAUUGAGGUACCCACAGAGUGUAACAGAGAGCACCACUCCAAUUUGUAAGUUUCAUUGUUUCCUCGCUUACGAAUGCUCUGUUCUUGCCAGGAAUGGUGAAUUGGUUAUUACACAAGCCUAAUCAUUCAAUCUAGCUUAACUUAUUUCCCUUUAGUGUCCCUUUAAUGUCUGCUCCUGUGACCUUUAGUUUUAGUUUUUGUGCCUUCUCACCUAGUAACACUAGAUCUUCAACAAGUACGCUGUGCUCACUCAAGUGGUUUCCAGGCGGUAAUGUUGCCAUGUUAUUACAUUCACUGCACAUCAUGAAAAAUUUAGUUGGAGAAUUCUACGCGCAACUAGUACCUGUGCUGCCGGAAAUUACCAUAAAAACUGAACCGCCUGACUUCAAUGAAAACUGCGACUUGGUUUUUGAUACAAGUGAUCCACUGAAUAAUGGCAGUCACGAGGUGUACACGGUGAACACUGCUGCACUGCAAAAGGGAGCCAAGAAGGAUGAGGCGAAUCUCAAGCUGUGGUCUCCGCAUGGCCUGUUCCCGGAGUUCUCUUCGUACGUUCAACCCCUCCUGCAUGGAGCCACGAUGACAGCACGUAGGCACAAGGCUCUCUCGUGUGCUCUGCGUGAUGAAAUCAUCAAGUUCCUGAACAAAAACAAGCUGAUACAGAACACAAACACGUCAGUCAUGCGCUGGGAGUACUGUGCACUGGGCCGGUCCUUGGCUGCCCGGUACCCCAACUUGGUCUGGGACCAUCCAAAGCCCGGCACACAGAUGCCUGACAAACAAAAGAAUCCCUGGAGUCUCUUCAUGCGGCGCCUCACCGCGACCAGAAAGGCCCUGAAGUGGAGGGUAAUUAAAAAAAAGCUUCAGGAUUCGAACAGCACUCCUACCACUGCUGCUUCCUAGGCUGUUAAAAUGUUCCACACUGGCAUGUGUUCAAAGGCUUCAGCUAUCACACUGAUAGAUACGAGUAGCAUGUUAACAGGUUUGUGUAACUGUGUAACAAAGCUAACAGCGGCACAUUCUCAUUACUGUAAGUAAUAAAUAUAUUUCUGU